AUGGCCAAGUCACUAGAAUUGGAUACUGAACAAUCCGCUCUCCCGAAGCAUGAUCUUAUUUUUGAAGACAUUAAUCAGGAAAAAUCUCCACCAUUGAGUUUAACAUUUGUCCCAGCAAUAAUGGACAUUAAGGAGUCUUGGGACAAGUCUUCAACAUCUCUACAGAUUCCCAGACAAGUGGAGAAUCACUAUCGCACCCACAUCACCGAUACAUCAUUUCUAAUUAAACAUCCUCUGCCAAAUUCCAUCAUUGUCCAAUCAAACCAAUCCAGAGCAGGCAACCGAUCAUCAGUUACCCCUACCAAUAAAGAAGGGAGAAAACUAGACGUCUUAGUAUGCCAUUUGUACUUGGUGGCCUCCUUUGUGAUUAGGGUAUCCAACUACCAGGCCACGAUGGGGGCAUACCACAGGCUGUGGAAUAAAAUCCUGCCUAUCCUCCAAACUACUCCAGAGGACGUCAGAACUGCAGCUCUCAACAUUCACCUUGAGGCAAUUACUCUAGCCAAACAACAACAUCUGGCGGCCCAUCACAUUGCUGAUGCGGCUUCUAAGUCUCUAGUUUCCUCCAUCACCCUUAGACAACAUGCAUGGGUGCGGUCCUCCAGAAUCAUGAAUGAUGCUAGGACUUGCAUCGAGGAGCUACCUUUUGACGGCGCAGGUCUCUUCAACGAAAAGACCGAUUAUGUCAUGGAAAACUUGCACAAAAUUCACAAGACUGCUCGAUUAUAUGCCAUUCAGCAACCUAGAGUGAAAUCCUGGGCUGAUGCCUUUGGUGAGGACUUGUAUUACAUUGUCACAAAGUAUUCUGGUUCUCUCUUAUUGCAGAAGAAAUAUAAAGAUGUGGAACCAACUUUGAAGAUCAAAGAAGUUGAUGGUUUGGAGCUUGUGAAGAAGUUCUCUGAAGAAAUGGAAAGCAUGCUGCGAAGGAAAGUAGAAGCUGUUGAACGCUUAGUUGAGGCAGCAGAAGACGCAGAUCUGUACCAUGAGUUCAACUCGUCCUUGGAGUUCGAUUAUUACAAUGCUGUUCUCAUUAAUGAAAAGGAUGAGAAUGAUAAUUAUGUGGAGCUUGGUAAUGAAUUCGUUCUGGAACCAAAUGAGCACUUCAAUAACCUGCUGGUAAACACAACGUACAGCGACAUACAGCUGCCAACAAAUGUCUACAACAAAGACCCUGCUAUUCUUAAUGGGGUAUAUAUGUCUGAAGCACUGAAUCCUAUUUUUGUGGACAAUUUUGAAAGAGACCCAACUCUCACUUGGCAGUACUUUGGCAGUUCUACAGGAUUCUUCAGGCUUUACCCAGGGAUAAAAUGGACCCCCGAUGAAAAUGGAGUCCUUUCUUUUGACUGUAGAAAUCGAGGCUGGUACAUCCAAGCCGCUACAUCACCUAAAGAUAUAGUAAUUAUAGUGGAUAUCAGUGGAAGCAUGAAGGGUUUGAGACUGACCAUUGCCAAGCACACUGUUGUCACCAUUUUGGACACACUGGGAGAAAAUGACUUUGUCAAUAUCAUUGCUUACAAUGAUUAUGUUCAUUACGUUGAAUCCUGUUUUAAGGGAAUCCUGGUUCAGGCUGACAGAGAUAACAGAGAGCACUUCAAGCAGCUGGUGGAUGAAUUACAAGCAAAAGGAGUUGGGACAGUGAACAAAGCCCUGACAGAAGCCUUCAGAAUCCUGAUGGAGUUCAGAAGUGCUGGUCAAGGAGGCCUUUGUAACCAAGCCAUCAUGCUGAUCACUGAUGGUGCUAUGGAAGAUUAUAAAUAUGUAUUUGAAAAAUUCAACUGGCCUGAUCGAAAGGUCCGGGUUUUUACGUAUCUGAUUGGGAGAGAAGUCAGUUUUGCACAGAAUGUGAAAUGGAUAGCAUGUAAUAACAAAGGCUACUAUACACAGAUAUCUACUUUGGCUGAUGUUCAGGAGAAUGUAAUGGAAUAUUUGCAUGUGCUGAGUCGACCCAUGGUUAUCAACCACGAUCAUGACAUCAUAUGGACUGAAGCCUACAUGGAUAGUGCACUCUUUGCAUCUCAGGCUCAAAGUCUCUUGCUCAUGACAACAGUGGCUAUGCCAGUUUUCAGCAAGAAAAAUGAAACGAGAUCCCAUGGCAUUCUCCUAGGUGUGGUAGGCUCAGAUGUUCCUCUGAGAGAACUCCUCAAGCUUGCUCCACGAUACAAGCUGGGUGUCCAUGGAUAUGCAUUUCUAAACACUAAUAAUGGCUACAUUUUGUCUCACCCGGACCUUCGCCCACUGUAUAAAGAAGGGAAGAAGCUGAAGCCGAAACCAAACUAUAACAGUGUUGACCUUUCUGAGGUGGAAUGGGAAGAUCUGGAUGAAACACUGCGAACAGCAAUGAUCAAUGGUGAAACAGGUUACCUCUCAAUGGAUGUAAAGGUGCCUGUGGAUAAAGGGAAAAGAGUUCUUUUCCUCACUAAUGACUACUUUUAUACGGACAUCAGUGGCACACCCUUUAGUUUGGGAGUUGUUCUGUCACGAGGUCACGGCGAGUACAUCCUUUUGGGAAACACAUCAGUGGAAGAAGGUUUGCAUGAUCUGCUGCAGCCGGACAUAACCUUGGCCAAUGAAUGGAUUUAUUGCAUUACAGAUAUUGAUCCAGGUCACAGGAAGCUGAGCCAGUUGGAGGCUGUGAUCCGUUUCCUAACAGGAGAAGAAGCUGACCUAGAAUGUGAUGAGGAGUUAGUGCAAGAGGUACUCUUUGAUGCUGUAGUAACAGCACCAAUGGAAGCCUACUGGACAACGUUGGCACUCAAUAUGUCAGAUGAGACGGAAGGGGGUGUGGAGAUGGCCUUUAUGGGAACUCGGGCUGGCCUCAUACGAAGUUCCCUCUAUGUUGGCUCUGAGAAAGUUUCGAACAGGAAGUUUUUGAGCAGUGAUAAGGAGAGCAUUUUCACCAUGGACCACUUCCCUCUUUGGUACCGCCGAGCAGCUGAAUAUCCUUCUGGGAGCUUCAUUUAUAGCUUUUCUUUUGAAGAAGCAUCAGGAGGUAUGCCUGAGGCGGUAACAGUGAGCACGUCUGUGACGGUGACCGUGGGUGGGAAGACAGGAAUCGCUGCAGUAUUUCACCCUCCUGAAAUCAAAGGAUCUGUAAAAGCAGGGUAG